CAACGUCACUUGUAUUCCUACCGUCACUUACAUCUCCAGCUCCCUACCUGGAGUAACCACCCUUCCCGUCAGAUAUCGCAUGACCGCUACGAGCAACCAAGCCUACCUCAAUAUACCAGAGUCCGAUUCAGAGAACGCGGCUCUUAAUCCUAGCCCGGACGAACCAUGGGCACAGCUACGAGAUGGAGGCAGCUUGACUGUUCAUCCGGAUGGUCAUUCGUAUAACUAUUCCUACGGUCCGAAAGGUCUCGCUGGACUGUUCAGCAACCAGUACACACUUUGGUGUGUGAUAUUUGCGAGCAUUGGGGGUCUGAGUUUCGGGUAUGACCAGGGUGUGAUUGCCAAUGUACUCGUGAUGAAGGACUUUACGGAGCGUUGGCCCAUAUCACCCUUCCAGGAGGGCCUUAUGACGGCUAUUCUGGAGCUUGGUGCAUUGACUGGUUCUGUGUUAUCAGGAUUCUUGGCCGACCGGCACUCUCGAAGGCUUUCGAUAUUCGCAGCUUGCAUUGUAUUUUGUGUAGGUUCUGCACUCCAGUGUGGCGCUUGGAAAUUGUAUCAUAUAUUCAUCGGACGUGCUGUUGGGGGAUUAGGCGUAGGGGCAUUGAGUGUGCUGUCACCAUUAUACAUGGCUGAAAUCAGUCCUCCCGAAUUACGUGGAUCUCUCAUGGCCUUGGAACAGUUCGCCAUCGUUUCGGGAGUCGUAUUUGGUUUCUGGAUCGGGUUCUUCACGCGUUCAAUACCCAGCUCAGCGUCUUGGCGGAUACCAUUAGGUAUUCAGAUCGUUCCUGGGAUCAUCUUAUGUGCUGGAUGCCUAUUCCUCCCUGCAUCACCUCGCCUGUUGGUUCUUCAGGGCAGGUAUGAAGAAGCUUUAGCCAGUUUGGCGAAGCUGAGACGGCGAACGCCUACAGAAGCCAAGAGGGAUCCUUUGAUUCAGAUUGAGCUUUUAGAGAUGCGCGCUGAAGCCACUCUUCUCCAACGAACGUGUCCCAAUGCUGACGAUCUAAAAACUCACGGGAUCCUCGGGGAGCUUCGAUCCUGGGGAGCGCUGUUCACAAAGAAGUACCGAGCGCGUACGGCCGUUGGCGUGCUUAUGAUGGCGUUUCAGCAAUGGAGUGGUAUCAACGCAUUACUAUACUAUGGUCCGAUUCUUGUCAAGAGUAUCGGACUAUCCGGAGAAAAAAUCACGCUAUUGGUUUCCGGAGGCAUUGGGAUCGUUCAAUUUUUUGCGGUCAUACCGGCGAUCUUACAGAUAGAUCGAAUCGGGAGGAAACCCUUGUUGAGAGGCGGGAGCGCGGUAAUGGCCUGUUCGCACUUUGCAAUUUCCCUUUUGAUCCUUCUGUAUGGCGCCGAUUGGUCAUCUCAUUCCAUUGCAGCGUGGUUUGGAGUAGCGUUCAUCUAUACAUUUACCGCGUCCUAUGGUGUCUCCUUUGGCCCUAUCGGAUGGGUGCUUCCAAGCGAAGUCUUUCCGCUGUCCAUACGGAGUAAGGGUGUCGCAUUGUCCACAGCGUCUAAUUGGACCAACAACUUCCUUAUCGGGCUGGUGACACCGGUACUCGUCGAGUGUUCUGCUUCUGGGACAUUUAUGAUUUUCUCUACCGCGUGCUUUCUGGCGUAUUUGUGGGCUACAUAUAGCGUCCCUGAGACGGCGAAUGUCUCGCUGGAAGAAAUUGAUGCUGUCUUUGGCACGUCAUUAGGAUUGGAUGAUGAAUUGGUUCGACAACAGAUUGAAGAGGAGGUGGGAUUACGGGAAAUCAUUAGAGACUUUACUGAUACAUGAGGAGGUUUGUGUUAUGUCCUAGAUAUAUUGUAGCCUAAUAGUUGUGAAAUCUUGCUGUCGACGCAAAUAAUUUGUUCGUAUAAUUUGGUUAUAUAUCAAAACUUUCUUCAAC